GUCGUCUCCUUCAAAUGGCAAAACUCCAGAGUCCGUAGCAAGUUUGCAACCACCGCCAACAAUUUUCGAGGGAAAGUCGAAAUUGUCGCAUUGAGGAACACUAAAGCGCCGCCAUGAGCUCCGUUCUGUCUAAAGUCGCCGUCGUGGGAAGUGGAAUUUCUGGAGCCGCUUGCGCAUGGAGCUUGGCCAGAAAUGGCGUAUCGGUUACCUUGUUCGAGUCUGCCAGAGGGCCUGGUGGAAGAAUGUCCCAACGGAGAGAAAUUGCAGAAGAUGGGAAAGAAUUGGUUUUCGACCAUGGUGCCCCAUAUUUUACAGUUAGCUCCACGGACAUAUUGAGUCUUGUUCGUGAGUGGGAGUCAAAAAAUCUUUGUGCUGAAUGGAAAGAAAGUUUUGGGGUUUUUGAUUGCUUUUCCAAUCAAUUUUCCAGCAUAGAACAGGAAGGAGUAAGUGGCAGAUAUGUGGGUACUCCGGGCAUGAAUUCUAUUUGCAAAGCGUUAUGCCAUGAACCCGGUGUGGAGAGCAAGUUUGGGGUAAGUGUUGGGAGAAUGGAAUGGUUGGAGAAAGAUAACUCAUGGUUGUUAUUAGGCAUCAAUGGACAAAGUCUUGGUCAGUUUGAGGGUGUUGUUGCAUCAGACAAAAACAUAGUUUCUCCAAGGUUUACCAAUGUAACAGGACGAGUGCCUCCUCUUGACCUUAAUUUGAUCCCAGAUUUGGCAACUAAGCUGCAGAACAUCCCAGCUAUUCCAUGUUUUGCUCUGAUGCUUGGAUUUGAACAGCCUCUCACUUCGAUACCUGUCAAAGGCUUCUCUAUAAUGAAUUCUAAAGUUCUAAGCUGGGCUUACUGUGACAGCAGCAAGCCAGGGCGUUCGUCUUCUAGCGAACGAUGGAUUUUGCAUUCAACCAUGGAGUACGCUGAGAGAGUAAUUGCCGAAUAUGGUCUUCAGAAACCUUCAGAUGCCACGUUGAAGAAAGUGGCUGAAGAACUCUAUCAAGAGUUUCAAAGCAUUGGGCUUAGCAUUCCCCGCCCGUUCUUCAUGAAAGCUCAUAGAUGGGGAAGUGCUUUUCCAGGAGCAAGCAUUGCCGGAGAGGAAAAGUGCCUUUGGGAUGGAAGCAAGCGUGUGGCCAUCUGUGGAGAUUUUUGUGUUAGCCCCAACGUUGAAGGGGCCAUUCUUAGUGGCUUGGCUGCUGCGUCCAAGUUCCAAAAGAUUGUUAGCUAUUUAUAAUAGUUAGUUUUAAUAUAUCAUUACAGGUUUUUGGUGCAUUUAGAGAGAAACGUCGAGAUUAACAUAAACAUAGUUCAACGGUCGAAGGUACGUAUACAUUGUAUAGAUCAGUUGGGCAGUGACCUUGGGUGGCCUUCUUGUGUACAACACCAGUGCUUUGGUGCUGUAAGGUGGAGGAAAUUUUGGUCUGUUUUUUUUCACAUUAGCUUGUAGCAUGCCAUCAUGAACAACAACAUUAUUAUCCAAACAAUUGAGUCAUAAAUGCUUGGUAAGAUGAUUCUUUUCUUUUCUUUA